AUGGAAACAUCAACAAUCUUAAAUGAUUUCCUUGUGAGCCCUUCCAAAAUGGACCAAAUCAUAAGUCUUGACCAAUUUGCCAAAUUUUUUAAAGGAGCGUCCCCUGUCACAAUUGAACAGCUCUACGAGGAACUUCUCAAAAAAAGACAAACGGUGAUCUCAGGGGUUUCGCGCAGGAUCAACCGCGAGUUCAACCCUCCCAUCGAUGAUAACGACCCCAAGCAUGACCUUGACACGACCUGGAACGAAUCCUCCUCAGUGGUAGCGGGGAAACUUUCCUUGGCUGAAUUGUUACACAAGCUCCAUAUCCUCCAGGAGACCUUGCGGGCAGAAUGUUCUGCAGCAGACUCGCGCGUCGAGGAGGCACUCAUUGAGCUCCAGAUCAGAGUCGACGAGUUAAGCAACUUACACUACGGCUCCUCGUGGAUCCGCGGAGGUGACACCGCUGAUGUCGACUCCAUGGUCUCGGAAACCUUACAGAGCGUUGCCAAAUGCGAACAAUUGAUCAAGAGACGUCGCAGAGCCUGA